GAAUUGGUGGAUGAUGAAGAGUAUAAAGAGAUUUUGGAAGAUAUUAUAGAAGAAUGCAGUAAAUAUGUUAAGAUUGAAGAUGUGAAGAUCCCAAGACCAAAGAAGAAUCAAAAAGGUAGAAUACAUUCGAAAGCGAGUGAAUCGGUUGAAGGAUUAGGUAAGGUGUUUAUUAAAUUUGAACAAAUUGAAGAUUGUGGUCAAGCGCUUUCUGCGAUUGCUGGUCGACAAUUUGCUAGU